UCUGCACUCAUAGCCAGCGCCCCGCUCCUGGACACGUCCUCUCCUGUCCGGAUUCCUGCGGCAGGGCCAGGCUGGUCUCCCCGCCCCCGCAGCCCCAGGCCCGACCCCACAGAGCAGACUCGGGGAGACCUUCCUGAGCAGGUCGCUAAGCUUAAGAUGGGCCCUAUUACAGUGUUUCUGCAACCCCCUUUCCUUGGCUCGUGAGGUCUUAUUUCUGCAUCUUAAUGCCUCUCUCUAAAUAUCUAAAAGACACCCUCUCGUCACUGUCUCUUUGAACGUGACUUUCUUACCUGCUUUGUUUCUCACCCAGGGGGCCUUAGCUUACUUCCUUGGAGCAGCGGGAACCCCUGCCAGCCCCUCCCCCCACCCCAAACUCUGUCUCCCUUUAAGGUCUUGUCACCUGGUCAAGUCUGUCGCCCUGGGUGGCCCGGGCCGGCGGCUUCUCGCCCUCUCAUCUUCCCCUUGGAGCUCCAGCCACCUCACCCCAGGUCUCUUCAACCUCCUGGAAAAUUCCCGCUCUUUCUGUCCCUCACCACGCUCCCUUUGCUCUCCCGGGGGUGCCUCCCCGAGCCCCCGGCCGGCUUGGACGCCACGUUCGUUUCACUCGCUUAAGGCGCAAUGGGCGUUUCCUUCGAGCACAGUCCGAGACCCUCUGUUCAGCUGUGUCACUCCCUGCCGGGUGCCUGUCCCCACUUUUGGAACGUGCGCGCCGAGAGGGCCGGACCACGGGCCGUGCGCCUGGCAGGUGCACAAGAGAGUGAAGGGGCGAAUGAAUGAAGAAGCGUCGGCCCAGGCUGGUCGCGCUGGCCAGAGCCCGCCACCUCCCCGGCACCUCAGGGUGCCGUCCCCUCCCCAGCGCAGCAGCGCCGGAAGCGGCCAGGCCAGCCCCCUCCCCGCGGCGCCUGCUGCCUUAUCUCGGCGGCGUCUGGGGCCCCAGGAGGAGACGCCAGCGCUCUGGGAGGGACGCAGCGGCAUGGGCCCCUGGCCCCGGGGCGCGGGCCGCCCGCCUCGUCGCCUGCUGCGGCUCCUGCUGCUGCUCGGCCUGGCCCGCGGCGUGACUGGAGCGCACGGGGUGGAGGGUGUAGACAUCUGCGCCACUUGCCAUGAGCAUGCCACCUGCAAGCAACGGGAAGGGAAGAAGAUGUGCAUUUGCAAGUACGGAUUUGUGGGCAACGGGAGGACUCAGUGUGUCGAUAAAAACGAGUGCCAGCUGGGGGCCACAGUGGUCUGCGGGAACCACACGUCUUGCCACAACACGCCCGGAGGCUUCUAUUGCAUCUGCCUCGAAGGAUAUCGAGCCACGAACAACAACGAGACCUUCAUCCCCAACGACGGCACCUUUUGCACAGACAUAGAUGAGUGUGAGGUUUCCGGCCUGUGCGGGCAAGGAGGACGGUGUGUGAACACCCACGGGAGCUUUGAAUGCCACUGUGGGGACGGAUACGUGCCAAAGAGCGGGCCCGAGCCCUUCCACCCGACCAGAGACGCCACGUCGUGCACAGAAAUAGACUGUGGCAUCCCUCCCGAGGUCCCAGAUGCCUAUAUCGUAGGCAAUUAUACUUCCACGCUUGGCAGCCAGGUUCGUUACACUUGCAAAGAAGGAUUUUUCGGUGGCCCAGAAGGUACAGUUUCAAGCUGCACAGCCUUGGGCACAUGGGAGUCCCCCAGAUUAAAUUGCCAAGAAAUAAUUACAGAAAUUAAUGCUCUGUCGGUGUUUAAUAAUACUUGUGUGAGAUGGCAAAUAAACCCGGGAAGAAUAAACUCCACGACUGUGUAUGUGGUGCACAUAGUAGGACACCGGGUGGACCCUGUGGAAUCCGUUCACGAGGAGACUGUCAACCUGACCACGGACAGCAGGAGCCCAGCAGUGUGCCUAGAUCUGUACCAAGGCACCAACUACACUGUGAGCGUUUCCACAGCCCCUCCCAGACGCUCUGUGCCAGCCCGCAUUGGGUUCCAGACAGCAGGUGGCAGAGACUCCGAGGGAGAAACAGACAUAAAAGAAGAAGAUCUCUCAGAAGACGACGGGAUUUUCAAUAUCUCAAUAUUUAAUGAAGCUUGUCUGAAAUUGAACAGGCAUUCUAGGAAAGUUGGACCAGACCAAAUAUACCAAUUUAAAAUUGUGGGCCGAAGAGGGUAUCUGAAUGAUUUUUAUCACGCAGUAUCAUUUAACUUCACAACGGGGGAACGAGCGUCCGUCGUGUGUUUAGACCUGUACCCGGCAACCGAUUACACAGUGAACAUCACCCUCCUGGGAUCUCCCGAGCCGCACUCAGUGCAGGUGAUGAUCACCACUGCACCGGCAGUGAAACAGACCAUCAGUGACAUUUCAAUAUUUAAUGAAACCUGUGUGAGAUGGAGAAAUACGAAGAUAGCUGGUAUAGAGGAAAUGUACUUACUCCACAUUCAGGGCCAGAGGUGGUAUCAGAAGGAAUUUGCCCAUGAAGUCACCUUUAAUGUCACUACGAGGAGCCAGGCUCCUGAGAUGUGCUUGGACCUGCGUCCGGGUACCAACUACAGUGUCAGCAUUCAGGCAUUGUCUUCGGCACGUCCCGCGGUCAUCUCUCUGACAACCCAGAUAACAGAGCCUCCCCUUCCAGAAGUAGACUUUUUCACCGUGCACGGAGGGCCCCUCCCACGCCUGAAGCUGAGGAAGGCCCAGGAGAGCAACGGGCCAAUCAGUUCCUAUCAGGUGUUAGUGGUUCCCCUGGCUCUCCAGAGCACGUUUUCCUGUGAUUCUCAAGGGGCUGCCUCGUUCUUUAGCAAUGCUUCUGAUGCCAAUGGAUACGUGGCUGCAGAACUGCUGGCCAGAGAUGUUCCAGAGGAGGCCAUGGAGAUAGCUGUUGGAGACAGGCUGUAUUAUGGGAAAUAUUAUAAUGCACCCUUGAAAAUAGGGAAUGAUUAUUGCAUCAUAUUGCGAAUCAUAAGCGAAUGGAAUAAGGUGAGAAGGUGCUCCUGCGCAGUCUGGGCUCAGGUGAAAGAUUCGUCGCUCACACUGCAGCAGAUGGCAGGCGUUGGGCUGGGCUCCAUGGCUGUUGUGAUUGUCCUCGCAUUCCUCUCCUUCUUAGCAGCGUGAUUGCAAAUGGGUGCCACGUGUGGCAGAUGCACUGCUGUCGGGGCAGAUGUUAUGACAGCUUCUCAGGUGCCUGCACACAGCACCUUCUACCCAGGUGUGUGGCGGGGCCUGCAGACUUCCCUCGUUCCCAGCUUGGCCCCAUUCCUGGAUUCAAGAUGGGGCCGCCUCUGUGGAACCCCCCAAAAGGAGGAAACUCAGGAAUUGCUGACGUCUUCCCUGCUACAUGACCAGUUCUGUGCCUAUGAACUUGAGACCCUUGAUAUACAAUGGAAUAUUGACCAUGGGCUACUGAUCACGUGGGCUGGGCCUGCAUCUUCUUCUGAGUGAUGCCUGAGACACAGCUCCUCUGGACAUUGAAUGCAAGAGGGUCUCUGAGUCUUAUUUUGUAGCAUCUCUGUUAAAUAAUUCAGAAUCUAUUCUUUUACAAUAAGCAAUGAGAUAGACUUGCGUUUAGGUUCAAAUUUGGCUUUAUGAAGGAGCGCUCUGAAAAAGAUAGCGAUCAUUGAUCCAGGCAAACUUGUCGAACACUUUCAAAGCAGCCCUUUUUCUAAAAUUAAUUGACAGCUAGUUAGGAAAUAGACCAGCCUGGCCACUCCAGUAAGUUCCCCGCCGCGUCUGUUUGGUACAGUUCCACUAGUCUAAAGUAUUCAAAAGCCGUAAGUGUUCAUCCCAGUAAAAAUUGUCUGUGAAUUUAGACAGUUCUUCUGUGGCAUGUGAAUAUUUAUAACAGCCUUGGUUAAUUUCUUUUAUUAAUGAGGGUCUCGUACAAAUGCUAUGUGCCUCCCAUUAGAUUCAGUGGCCAUGGUAACACGGGUCUGAAACAAUCUCGAGCCCAUGGUAGAACCCAAGUGUUCACAGGGACGGGGGAACAAUGUGGGUGACACGAUCAGUCCUUUCAUCUACAACCUCGGUAACCAUGACCGUGCCCUGUCACAGCCCUGACCCACUGGGUGUAAGCCGACCUGGGCCCCGGUCACUGUGCUGAAUUGGCGGGUGCAGUGUAGUAGCUUUGCCUUUUAAAGCCGGAAUGAGUCUUCUUUAACUUUCCUCCCUACCCGACAGUGUAACUCCCAGGCCCAGUAGCAAAUGAAAAAGAAAGGCUGAGGCUUGUGACGUCUCUAAGUGCAGUUUCUCCUCCUCCCUCCCUUCCUAGGCCGUGAGAAGAAAAAGCACGGGGGAGGCGACAGGAGCACAGUCGUGUUGUACAACCUCCGGGCGCACGUAUAAGAACGUGGCCCUGGGCUCGGGCAACGUCGUGGUCCCGAGGAAGAGGGACAGCCUUUCCAAUGUGGUGGGCGGGGCACUGGUGAGGGGCAGGUUUGAGGACCCUGGGCUCGUAAGCAGAGGAGGAGACAACAGGUGGAAACUGUCUGUGAAGUUGCUCCGCACGGGGGGCGGGGGGGGGGGGGGGUUUCCGCCCAGAGCACAUCCAUUCAGUUGGGAAGAGUCAGAGAGGUGGAGGUAAUACCCUGGCACUUGGGGGCGCAGUGCCAGCUGUCAGCCCCUGGCCCCUGCCAGUAUCAGGCAGUAUUGGGAAUAACUGUCCUUUGUCCUCUGAAGUGCUACCUCAGACUACAACUUAGGAUCCACAUUUAGAGCUCUCACCUCAAGUGAAUUCUAGAGUAGAGCUCUCAACAGACUAAUAUGAAUAGCUUCUACCUUCCAUUUUUAUGUGCAGCAAUUCAAACUCAUACUCCCUUCACAGCUCGAAUUAAAUUCGGACUCAUCACGCAUUAUUGUAAUGGUAUAGGGUAGGAUCUCUGAUGAGUAAGGAUUUUCCUGAAAGCCUCCUCAAUCCCAAGAGAGAAUCUAAGCCUUCCCCUCUCCUCCUCCUGCUACUCCUCCUCCUUUUUUAAUUUUUUUACCAGUUCAUAAACACCAUAUGUUUUCAUAGCUACACCCUCCCUAAUUUGCAGCUCUGGGAUUAGCUGCCAAAUAAGCUACAGUUGUCCACAUGGAAACUUAGCAUAAUUGUCAUUGAAAAAAAAAAAAGAAAGAAAAGAAAUCCCACUUGCUUAGCAUCAAAAAUUUCUAGUUAAAAUAACAGACUAUUAAGUAAAAUAUUAAGUAAAAUGUACUUUUGGAUGCGGUGUAGAAAUACGAAAACAGUUCCUGCAAAAGUACUAAAAGAG